GGUCCACACAUCUAGAAGAAGCAUACUUGGCAGUUGUGUUGUUUUUAAGUGAUUUAGAAAACGAGGGCAUUUGGUUCAGAUCCACAAUGAAAAUUGCAAUGCUCUCCUCCUCUCAAAAAAUGUAACAGAUGGAACACCAGUACGCCAAUAAUGUCAUCAUGGAGGGAAAAACAGAGGAAGCCCGACUUGAAAAUGGUAGGGAAGAAAAUGUGCAGAAAGAAGACAAUGAAAACGGCAGUGAAGAAAAUGUGCAGAAUGAAGACGAUGAAAACGGCAGAGAAGAAAAUGUGCAGACGGAAGAGAACGAAAAUCUGAAACAACAAAAGGCGUCCGAAUUGUUUGCAUGCAUUCUUCAACCUUCUAAUGGCGGACUGGAUCCCUCAUAUGUGGGGAUGCGUCGAUUGCUGCUAUACAGGAAGGCCUUUGCUGGCUGCGAUCAGCGUCAGGACUGGAAAUGCAAUGGAAAGGGUUAUGUUGCAUACCGUAACUACAUCCAUUACCAAAAAAAUUCAAACCACUUACAACUUACAAGCCAGCCCAGUACACCAGGGAACAGCCAUUGGGUAUCGUCUCCUGGUCCUCUAUCACUUGGUUAUGAAAGGGACAGCUGGAAUUCAAUCAAGGAUAUGCAUGGUUUGAAUUUUGAAGGCAGUCAGCGUACAAGUUUCAGCUCCACUACAAGUGCAGUAGAUUAUCCACAGAUACUUAAAGAACCGGGCUAUUCAUUUGUUGGCAUGCACUGUAUUUUUGACUGUUGCAAGGGUGCAGCUGUGACUGUGGUAAAAUUUGGGCACUUGAGAUCGGACUUGCUAGCCUAUGGUGUAUCUGAUGGAAGAUUAGUAGUCUGCACAGUUACUGAACCACCAACUAUACUGCACCAGCUAAAAGGGCAUUCAAAGGAUGUUACAGAUUUUGAUUUUACAUCCAACAAUCAGUAUAUCUCUUCAUCAUCAACGGAUAAGAGUGUAAGAGUUUGGGACACAGGAAAAGGACAUUGCAUAAGAGUUAUAUACGGGACCACUCCACAGUUAUGUAUUCGUUUCCAUCCUGUUAACAAUAACAACUUGUUGGUAGGAAAUGCAAACAAAGAGAUCACUGUGAUCAACUUUAGUACCGGCAGAUUAAUUAAAAAAAUUUCAUUGGAGAAUGAGAUUACGGCAAUCGACACAGAUCAUACUGGACAGUAUAUCUUUGCUGGCGACUCCCAGGGUUGCAUUCAUAGCUUGACAAUAAAUUCACACACUGGGACACUUUCUCGAACACACAGAAAUCGUACUGGUGCUAAGCACAAAUCUCCCACUACAACUGUGCAAUUUAGAAUAUUUUCUCUUCUAGCACGAGGUCCAGUCCUCCUCACUUGUACAAAAGAUGGCAACCUAUCUUUCUUCAGUGUUGCUUUGGAAGUUGGGGGUUAUCUGUCUCUUCGAUGCUCACUCCAGUUGGCUCCUCGAGCAAGAAAUAUACAUGCAUCCUUUUGUCCAUUGCUCUCACUGGAGAAAGGCGAAUUUAUAGUCUCUGGGAGUGAGGAUUCAAAUGUGUAUUUCUAUGAUUUAACCAGACCAAAGCACCCAUGUGUAAAUAAGUUACAGGGGCACAGUUCUCCAGUUAUUGGAGUGACAUGGAAUCAUGGUGAAAAUCUAUUGGCUUCAUCUGAUUCUGAUGGUGUUGUAAUAGUUUGGAAGCGUGCAAAAAUGCAAUCUGAAUAAAAUGCCGGUAAACCGAGAUGGGUUUGUUCUAUGUAUUCGUUGUGUAGAAAGGGUGAAGAGUGGCUUAGUUGACUCGUCUUUUACAAUCUCCAACAGCAGAAAAUGGAUUAAUGGUUGCAAAGAUGUGACCAUGCCCAUUAAAAUAUUGGUGGUGAUAAUUCAAAAUCUUCUGAUGUUCGUUCCCGAGCCAAUUGUUUAAGCUCUAGAUGGUUAGAGCUUAUCCAGUCAAAGGAUCCAAAUUUGUGUUUUUCCACCAUUCAGCAGAUUAUUCUUUAUUCUUUUCAUAGAUUAAAUAUAAAUCAUUUGCAAGGCUAAAGAGUGGCUUAGCGAACUUCUUGUUUUCAGUCUCCAACAGCAGAAAAUGGAUUAAGAGUUGCAGAUGUGACAAUCCCCAUUAAAAUAUUGGUGGUGCUGAUUCAAAACCUUCUGACGUACUUCCCUGAGCCAAUUGAUCCAGCUCUUGAUGGUUAUAUAUUAUCCAGUCAAAGGAUCCAAAUUUGUUGUUUUCAACUAUCCAGCAAAUUAUUCUUUAAUCCUAUUCAUAAUGGGUGUAAGCUGUAGGCUAUGCAGUCCAAAUGGAUGCCCUAUGCGGGUACAAAAUAUUUGGAUCCCAGAUAGCCUAUUUCAACAUAGCACUCAAUCCAUGACAGUCGACAACUUCAAGGCUUGGAAAAGCAUUUUAUCUUCGGCAUUUGAAAAAUCAGAAACUAAGCUUCUGGAAUGGCACAUUUCAAUGUGUUAAUUUGUUCGUGUAGCCACAUUCCAAGGGAUGGGAAACAGAAACAGAAAUGGCAAGAGAUGAGUAGAAGGCACAGGGGAUAACCAUGCAUAAGCAAAAUUUGAACAUGUAAUUUACUUGGCAUUUCCUUGCCGUUGAAUUCUUUAGCUUGCCUGCCCUUCUCUUCAAAAUUUGCGGACAUGUUUAUCGUCGACUCGGGUUAUUAUUUUCAUGUUUUUUACAUUGAGAA